AUGCAAGAAGAGCUUUACACUCUUCUUCCAAUUACAUUCCAAUCAAGUGAUGAUAGUCAAAUCAAAGCUGCCUCAGAUCGUCUCCUUGAGCUGAGUGAGUCUCCAGAGUUUUACACAGUUUUAAUCGACAUCAUAUUAAACAAAGAAACAAGCGAAUCCAUCAAAAAGAGUGCCCUUAUCAGAAUCUCGCAUGAAAUUUCCCAAAAAUGGAAUGAUUUUCCUGAAGAAAUACAAGCCACAAUCUUACAAUCCCUACCAGCAAUCCUUACAAGCAAAACAGAGAACACAAAGCAAAUAAUUUCCCAUUUCUCACGCUUAGUCGUUAAAUUCUCCUAUAGUUCUGGUCAAUAUUCAAAUAUUAUUGGUGAUAUUCAACAAUCUUGCUCGAAUCCAGAUACUGUUCUCUUCGGGUUAAUGCUUGCCAAGUCAUUUUCAUCAAUUGUAAGCGAUAAAACACUACCAACAGAAGUUCAAAUUUCAGCAGCCGAUCAAUUAGUACCAUUUUUAACAAAUUUCUUAGAUUCAACAGAUAAUUACGUAUGCUUAGGCUAUAUACUUACUUGUUUUUAUCAUAUCUUAACAAAUCCAGAAGUUAAAAUUUUUGAUGAAAAUUUCCAAAUGUUUACACCUAUUUUAGUCAAAGCACUUGCUAUUUCCAGCAUGGUAGACGAUCCAUCAUAUUAUUUCUACGCAAAAAGCUCUACAAAGUUCUUAAUUGUUUUUAUUGACAGAUAUCUUCCUGUUCUUGAGCAAGACGUCAUUUCUCCAAUCAUAAACGUUUCGAUAUCAUUACUAUCCCAAUCUACAACCCAGCCAUACGUUCGUGCAAACUUAUUAAGAAUAUUAUAUCAAUUAGUUUGCAGAGAAGAAGUUUAUGAGUACUUUAUCCAUCCAUCUGCCCAAGAAUUCUUUGAACAAGCCAUGUAUCCUCAAUUUUCCGUAACAAUUGAUGAAAUCAACACCGCGAUACAAGAUCCGAAAUCAUUUGUUGACGAAAUGCACAAAUCAUCAAAUGAUUUCAACGACAGCCGUGAAACAGCGGGUUUAAUCAUCAAACAUCUCGCUGAACACAACCAAGAUUCAAAUGAGCCAAUAUUUAAUGUCCUUUUACAAGGUUUCAAAGAGUUUGCUGACUCAAAUGGCGAUGUUGAAUCGCAAGGAAAGUUCUUUGCCAUUGCUCAUUUCUUCUCUUUCGCGGCAGAUUCGUUCGCAAGAUACCAAAAACCGCUUUUAAACCGUUUGGUCGCAGAAGUGUCACCUUUAUUCGAACAUGACAGUGAACUUGUUCGUGCGAGUGCAUUUCUGUUGAUCUCCGAUAUCCACUGCCAUCUUUCCGUCCAAGUUGCUACAGCAUGUGUCCAGAAUUGUGGAGAUUUGAGUCCUUUAGUUAGAUAUUAUUGUCAGAAAGCCGCUGCCAAUUUACUUGACAAAAUUCCUGAACAAAAGAUGGCGGACGAGAUCAGGGAAACAGUGAGUGAUGAUGUGUUGACAAUAAUGUCUGCGAUGCUUCAAACAAGUAAUGAAUUUUCUGAUGCUGACUUCACAAAUAUUUUGAAUCAAAUUGUCAAAUUUUUCGGUGACAUGUUACUUCCAUCUGCUGCCGAAAUUGCACAAGAACUUUGUACAUUGAUAUCAAAUAGUGGUCAGCAGCCAAUUGACGACGAAGAUGCUUUAGACAACGUGAUCAAAAUCAAUCAAAGUUUGGCAACUUUGGUUGAAUUAGUUUCUGAUCAAGGCCAAGGUUUGGAAACUUUCGCACAACAAGUCUUGGAAUAUUGUGUCCAGGCGUUGUCAGAAAUGACAAAUCCGAUGGCUGUUGAUCCUUUCUUGGAAACUGUUGGUCAAAUUUUGGAAUGUUGUAAUUCAAUUUCACCUCACUUUUGGCAGAUGACGGAAUCACUUGCAAAACACUUUGCAAAUCCUGAUUUCGAGAUGCCUGUUGGUGCAUUGUGUGAAAUACUUAAUUUACUUGUUUCUAAAGACCCAGAAUUCCACACAAGAGAAGAAAUCGCUGUUCCUUUGAUUAAUUUCCUUUUGGAGCUUUUGCAAAGAAAAAUGGAAACUCCUGAUUCUUGGAAUGAAUUGGCGAAGGUCGCUGAAGGAAUACUUGUUAGAGUUCCUAAGGAUUCUCCACUUUUGAACGAAUUUUUGCCUCAGAUUUCGGUGAUGAUCCAGAAUUACAUACAAAAUGUCGACACAAGGUAUCACGAUUAUGAUGGUGCUAUCUUGGCAAUGAAUGGCGUUUUGUAUAAUAAUUUCAACGCCGCACAACAAAGUUUGGGAGAAGAUUUCCCAAAUUUCCUCGAAAAUUGGGUUGAAAAUCCAAUUUUCCCUGAAACAUAUGUUACAGUCAUUGGUAACUUUGGAAAUAUCAAUGCAGAUCUGCAGUUUAUUGCACUGAAAAACUUAAUUGCACAAACUUUCGAUGACAUUCUCUCGAAAUAUGUUGAAAAUGGAGAUGAUUUCGACCAGGACAUCGAAAGAGAUGGUGUUGUUUGGUUUGAUUACGGAGAGACGAUUUUACUCUUCUUCCAGUUUUUGCAACAAGUACAAGGAACUUUCCCUGACAUGAUUGCUGAUAUAGAAAGCUACUUCGACCCAGAGGCAUGGGCUGAUUUGUUGAGAUUGCCUCAGAUUGCGCAGUUAUAUAUUGAUACAAGAGAUAGAAAACUCAAGAAAGAAUAA